AUGAAUAAAGCUAGUGAACUGAACAAUUACUUCCGGAUUAACAGUGAAUUUGUAAAAAAAGAUGAAAGUGAUGUUGAAAAGUUUUAUGUGUGGACACACAAAAGCCCAAAUAUUAAUCUUUAUCCCGAUAUCAUUUUUUUUAAAUGUCUAGUUACCAGUAUUGAAGGAGAAAAUUACAAGCUGAAAGAAAUUUUACCCGAAACUAACAGCGAAUAUAUAGUUAAAAAAGAGCACUUAUUUAAUUGUAAUAAAAUGGUAAAUAUAAAUAGUCAUAGAUUAAACGAUAUGGUUCAUCAGAAUUCUGCAGAAGUUUUAAAUACGUUAGCUUUAAGAUAUGAAAAGAAUUAUAUAUAUACAAUAGCUGAACCAAUGUUAAUAUCUAUAAAUCCGUAUCAACUUAUAGAUGUCAAUAUGAAUGAUUAUAAAACGAUGAACACUCAUGAGUUACCACCACAUGUCUAUACUUAUGCAAAAGAUGCAAUGCUAGAUUUUAUAAACACGAAAAAUAGUCAAUCCAUUAUUAUUAGUGGAGAAAGUGGUUCAGGAAAAACCGAAGCUUCAAAACUUGUUAUCAAAUUUUAUUUGUCGGGAGUUAAGGAAAAUAAUGAUAUAUCGAAAACACUGUGGGACUCGAAUUUUAUACUGGAGGCUUUUGGAAAUGCAAAAACAAUAAAAAAUAAUAACUCAAGUAGGUAUGGAAAGUAUAUCAAAAUACAGUUAGACGAAAAUCAAAACAUAGUUUCUUCUUGCAUUGAAAUAUUUCUACUGGAAAAAAUAAGAGUUGUAUCACAGGAAAAUGAGGAAAGGAGCUACCACAUUUUUUAUGAAAUUCUUAGGGGAAUGAGUGAAGAGAUGAAAAAUAAGUACAAUAUAAAAUCAGAAGAUGAAUAUAAGUACAUAUCCAAUAAGUCUAUAACAAUUCAAGAAAUUGACGAUGUUAAAGAUUUUGAAAAGUUAAUGAACUCCUUCGAUAAAAUGAAUAUGUCUGAUAUACGAGACGAUCUUUUUCUUGUUUUAUCAGGUUUAUUGCUGCUAGGAAAUAUAGCCUUUGACGAAAUAGAGAAAGGAGGGAAAAGUAACUGCAGCGAAUUAAAUGAUGCAAACUUAAAAAUUGUUAAUGAGACAAGUAAUUUGUUAGGUAUAGAAUACGAAAAUUUAAGAAAUGGUUUACUAUUUAGUGAAAAAAAUAUAGCAAAUCAGAGAAUUGAAAUCCCGUUGUCUGUAGAAGAAUCUUUGUCCAUUUGUCGAUCCAUUUCAAAAGAUAUAUAUAAUAAAAUUUUUGAGUUUAUUACAAAAAAAAUAAAUGUAUUUUUAAGUAAUAAUAAAGAAUUAGAAAGUUUUAUAGGUAUUUUAGAUAUAUUUGGAUUUGAAAUUUUCCUUAAAAACUCCUUAGAACAAUUGUUAAUCAAUAUAGCAAAUGAAGAGAUACAUAAUAUAUAUUUGUUCGUAGUUUAUGAAAAGGAAUCAAAAUUGUAUAAAGAAGAAGGUAUUGCAUCUGACUCUGUGAAAUAUACCACUAACGAGAGCAUUAUAGACUUACUACGGGGAAAAACGUCCAUAAUUUCUAUUUUGGAGGAUGCCUGUCUAGCCCCUGGAAAGAAGGAUGAGUCCAUCGUAGGUAUGUAUACGAAUAAAUUCUCUAAGCACACACAUUAUUCUAUUUACAAACGGGAUGCAAAUAACAGCUUUAUGAUUAAGCACACAGUCAGUGAUGUUACUUACAGUAUUUCUAAUUUUAUAUCAAAAAAUAAAGACAUCCUAUCUCCCAAUAUUUUGGGUUUAUUAAAGGUGUCGAAAAACGGUUUACUUAAAAGCAUAUAUGGAGAUAUAGAAAUAUCAGAAUCCUUAGGUCGAAAAAAUCUGAUCUCAUAUAAAUAUUUGGAGAAUCUAAAAAAGAUAUGUUCAUAUUUGAAGAGUACAAAUAUAUAUUUCAUAAAAUGUAUCAAGCCAAAUGAAACUAAAGAGAAGAAUAAUUUUAAUCAAAAGAAAGUUUUCCCUCAGUUGUUUUCAUUAUCUAUUGUUGAAACAUUAAACAUAAAAUUUUUUUUUCAAUAUAAAUAUACAUUUGCUUCGUUCUUGAGCUACUUCCAGUACUUAGAUCUUGCCAUUUCGAAUGAUAGUAAUUUAGAUGAUAAGACAAAAGUAACUAUGAUUCUCGAAAAAAAUUUUAACAGGGAUUCGUACAAGGUGGGCAAAACGAUGGCAUUUUUGAAAAAGGAUGUUGUUCGUGGGAUGAGAGAAAUAAUUAACGAAAAUUUAAAAGGCUAUAAAAAUGUAUGCACCAUAACAAGUGCAUUGAUAACAAGAAUUAAAAAGAAAAAGAACGUCGAACUGAAUAUAAAAAAUUUAGAGUUAACUCAGGCGUACUUGAGGAAGUACAAAUACGUGAAAGAAAUUAAAUAA